GUCGUAUACGCACUUUGUUCGUGUGCAGUCGUCGCCGCUGUUCUCGCCGUUGAAUUGCCGUCGUCGAUCCGUCGUAGCGUUUUGCGCCUUGCGUUUCUGCGUCGAGCUAAGUGAUCCGUCGCGGACUAUAAAGUGAUUUGUAGUGAUCUGAUCUGAUCUGAUUUGAUAUGAAUUGAUUUGAUUGAUUCGCAAAACGGAGUUGAAAAUCGUGAAAAUCUACAAAGAAUAUGCACAGCCAGAAAUCGAAGUGAUACAAGAAAGCAAUUUCGAGUGAGUUGAGUUGCUAACAAGUUGAGUGUCAGUGCUGAGAAAAGUGCCUCCUCGCCAUCUGAAAGGAUUUACGCGCUCAACAGUUCCGCCAAAUCAAGUCGCCGAACUGAACUGAAGCCAAGACAUUGUGUCCUACAAAAACCUUAGAUACGCAAGCCACACACUCCUACUGUGCAAGUAUAGCUGAUCAUUGCCAUCGGAUCUCUGAGAACUUCCUUCCCGCGCGCAUCCCCCUGAACAGCCGUCAAAAUUCUUGAUAAAGUGGCCUCAAUAGGCGCCAACACGCUCAAUUUCACGGACCUAGGGAGCCCCUACGAGGGGCCUCCCAGCACCCCCCAGUCGGGCAUGGACGCCCCCGACGCCCCGCACACGCCCAAGUACAUGGACGGCGGGAACACGGCGGCCAGCGUCACGCCCGGCAUUAACAUCCCGGGAAAGUCCGCCUUCGUGGAGCUGCAGCAGCACGCCGCCGCCGGGUACGGCGGCAUCCGGAGCACCUAUCAGCAUUUCGGACCGCAGGGCGGCCAGGAUUCCGGCUUCCCCAGUCCGCGCAGCGCCCUCGGCUACCCGUUCCCGCCAAUGCACCAGAACUCCUACUCCGGCUACCAUCUGGGCAGCUACGCCCCGCCCUGCGCCAGUCCACCGAAGGAUGACUUCUCCAUCUCCGAUAAGUGCGAGGACUCCGGCCUCCGCGUCAACGGCAAGGGCAAGAAGAUGCGCAAGCCCCGCACCAUCUACAGCUCGCUGCAACUGCAGCAGCUCAACCGCCGCUUCCAGCGUACCCAAUACCUGGCCCUGCCGGAGCGAGCGGAGCUGGCGGCGAGUCUGGGCCUCACGCAAACGCAGGUGAAAAUCUGGUUCCAGAACCGACGCUCCAAGUACAAAAAGAUGAUGAAGGCGGCCCAGGGCCCGGGCACCAACAGCGGCAUGCCUCUGGGCGGGGGAGGACCCAAUCCCGGCCAGCAUAGCCCCAAUCAAAUGCACAGUGGCGGUAAUAACGGCGGUGGCUCGAACAGCGGCUCACCCUCACAUUAUCUACCUCCCGGACACAGUCCAACGCCAUCGAGUACACCCGUGUCCGAGCUUUCACCUGAAUUCCCACCAACGGGCCUCAGUCCGCCGACGCAAGCGCCGUGGGACCAGAAACCGCACUGGAUCGACCACAAGCCGCCGCCCCAAAUGACGCCACAACCACCUCAUCCAGCGGCAACGCUACAUCCGCAGACGCACCACCACAACCCGCCGCCCCAGAUGGGUGGCUAUGUGCCCCAGUACUGGUACCAGCCCGAGACGAAUCCAUCACUAGUGACUGUUUGGCCGGCGGUCUAACAGCAUCCGAACCAGCUGCCCUCGGCUGCCUGGACGCAGCACCAGCUGAGCCUGGAGCAGCAGCACCAACACUCCUGCCAGGAGCUGGGGCACCAACUGCAGCUGGAGCAGCUCGAGCAGCAGCACCAGGCCCAGGCGGAGGCCCAGCACCUCCUCCAGCGGCAGGACCUCGCUGGCAGGACCUUCGGGGGCGGGGCAGUGCAGCACACGAUAUCUUAGCCAAUAAACAAUAAACAACCAUGAUAGCAACCUGUAAAAUAUCUAUGAAAUGUCGAGAAAGAAGCGAGCGAGAGCACUGGCAAGUUAGGCGUCAAGUUUUGUACAUUUGAAACGUAAUAUAAAUAUGUUUACCAACGUAAAUAAAGUCGUUCUAAAAUGUAGUCUAGCUAAGAAGAAAUCGAAAACACACACACACACACACAAACAACACAAAAAGAAAACAAAAAAAAAUACUUAAAGCAGAGAACAUUCCUCAAUCACAGAAGCAAGGAGAGAGUAUGAAACGUGUCCUUUAAUUUUGUUUAAUUUAGCAAAUUAACUAUGUAUAAACCUAUCUAUAUGAACGUAACUAUAUGUAGUGAGCAACAACAAAGUAUAAAUCGUAAAAAGUACAUCGUAAAUAAAUGAAAUCAAACAAAUGAAAAUCAGCUGUUGAUCUUAGAGUUUCUUUCGAGUGAUUUGUUCUUAAGUAGAAGAGUCGAAAAAAGGCAAAAGAACGAGCAACAGAAAUCAGUAAAAUCAGAUCUCAAAUGCAAAAGGAAAAGUCCUCCUAAUUCAUAAAUGCCCUUUAAUUUUUUUGUAUUUUAUUUUACCUGCACCCAAAAGAGGAGACCGGUUUCGUUCUUUAUUGUGCAAUAUAAUCUUAUUUACCAACCUGUUGGGCGUUAACUAAUUGCUUGAAGUGUACAUUUUGUAUAGACCGCAUGCAGAAUCAAAUGUGUGCAUCAAAUGUCAAGGGAUCCCAUUUUAACAAUCGAAUCAAGGCGAAUUCAGAUUCAGACUCGAAAUUCGACUCGCUGCUGAGCUUGCUGUAGCUGUAAUUAUGGAUUAACAUAAUCUAGUUUAAGUGGUAAUUAGUGCGUGUGUUUCACCCUAGUUUAAUUUAACCACAGCAAGAGCUAAAGGAAAUAAUUGAUAGUUUACCAACUAAAGUGCGAGUGAGUGCGUGGUUGAAUUUAUGAAUCGAUAAAUAUUCGAGUGGAUGAGUGAGUGUAUGUGUGCGCGAUUGCAAUGUAAACAAAACAAUAAAGUAAAACAAACACAUGGCAAAUUCGAACGAAAUCAAAUUAAUGAGAAAUGCAUAAACAAACCUUAUGUGCUAGCAUUUAAUUAAUUAGUUGUAAUCUAGAAAAUGGCAACACAAAUCACUGAAGAGCCUAGCGACUCCCCUCCCCAUUUAAAUUUUAGCAACUAAUGUAAUUUUUAAAUCAAAUCAAACAACAGAAAAAAGCGCGAAGCCUCAAUAAAAAUAAAGAAAAUUUAAAUAUAAAACAAC